AAAGAUGCUUUGAAGCAUGGCAUUUUGUAGCAUCGAGUGGACCGCAGCCAUAAAAAAAAGAGUAUAAAGUGCGUACUAUCACAUAUUAAUAAACAGAUCGCCAAAGGCCCGGGUGAAAUCGAGACCACUACACACUUUGCCCCUUACCGACAGCUUUGCCCCUAUAAGGUGCGAACCUGGACUAAAUAUGUAUAUACAUAUUUUAUUUUAACGACAAAUUGUAACUUUUGGUGCGAGUCCAGACUAAAAUAUCCGAUUUUAUCGACAGAAUUGCCUACAUUUAGUCUGGACUCGCACCAAAAGGCAAAACUUGUCGAUAAAAUCGAAUAUAUUUAGUUCAGACUCACACUUUAUAGAGGCAAAGCUGUCGGUAAAGGGCAAAGUGUAUGGUGGGUCUCGAUUUCACCCGGGCCUUUGGUAAUCUCUCUAUUAAUCUGUGGUAUUAUCGGGUUUGUUCUUUAUAGCUGAUCUACCCAGUGAGAAAUGAUUUGUCGACAUUGUUUCGACAUCGAUCGACAAGUCAUUUUUCGCUGGAUAGUGCAACCAUUCAGCUAUAAAAAAACAGACCCAUAAUUUAAAUUUAACAUUUCUUCCUCCGUAAUUACAAUAAUUAUAUUUUUAUCUGAAAAGAGAAUGCAAAAUGUUCUCUAUUUGUAAUAUACUGUAGGAUACCGUGGGUAAAUAUUCGUGCUUGAUAAUCACGCGAAGGCUUGGUAGAGGUUUCCAGGAAAAUCGUAGAACACUAACACACGAACGAUUGUCGAUAACACAUACACACGAUACAUAAACACGAACUAUUUUGCCGAAUGUCUGCGGAAUUUCACUCAGUCGCGAUUCUAUUUCGCUCGUUAUACUUGGUGCGUUGAACGAAUGAGAGCAGCUUGCAUUUACUCUCAGAUAUAUGCAAAAAUUAAUUAAAGUAGAUAGAAAGUCGCUACCAUUUGUGCACAUCUUUAUUUAAUUGUUAGAAGAAUAAAAAUCGUAUCUUCGUUGGACAUGGAAACGGAAAACUCUAGCGGUGCAGAAUUGUCUCACCAGAAGAACAGAGAUGCAUUGUUGAAAAAGAUUGCUACACUGAAGACAUAUGUAUGUCUCCACGCUAGAAGGCUCGAUUGGAGCUCCCGCAUCCAGACGACCACAAUUGGUAAAUAAUUUAUCGUCGAAGAUUCAAAACAGCUGCGUGUAUCACAAUGAAGAUGUUACUUUAGUCGAAUUGACAAUGUACAACGUGAAAGAUGUCUGCACUUACGACACUUAUGAUGUAGCAAUAUGUUUGCAUUAUUACUCUGACGAAACAAGACCUUAUAAACUGUAUACUAGUACGAAUGAUGUGGUAGCAAGGUCGCUAUCUUUUUAUAGAAGAUUGAAUACGUACUUCGUGCCGUUCUUGAAGAAGGAUUUGAGUCCAGCAUUUAUGCAGAUCAUAAACUCGUACGGUGAAUUUAUUUGGCAGAAAGUUAUGACGGCUAACGAAGACGACACCGAGGUAUAUGAGUACGAGGAGAAGGUAUGUGAGAAUGAAGAGGAUGAUGGAUAUGUGGAUCAGUUUCUUUGCCGGCGAGACAGAAGCCUGAAGCUGCGCGCAAGUGAGGUGCAACUCAGGAUUUCGUCAGAUAAAAUUGAAAUGGAAGUUGACAGUGUUGAAAGAGACGGACGUAGAGAUAAAAUAUCCGGGAGGAGUACAACGAGAAAAGAAUGAAGAAACGAAAUUGUGUAAUAAAG